UUCAAGAUUCUGAUAUAGACACUUGUUCUAAUGAUUUAAAAGAAUUUGAAUCUCCAAAUCAAUAUAAUGAUGAUAAAGAAAACUUCAAACGCAAAGAAAAAUUAAUUGAAAAAAAAGAUACAAUUAUACAAUUAAAAAAUUAUUUACGCAAAAAUUAA